CGAUUGCUGUAAUUUUCAUUUCCAGUCAAUUGCUGAAUUUGCUGCAAACUUAUUUUAAUCUGUCUUAUGGUACUAUUGAUCAGUGCCUAUUUGUCAAUCAUCUUUUGUUGAAACUUGCAGUUUCCUGUUUUGCUAUUCUUAUUUUAGCUUGUUUUGUUCUUUCGAUUUGCACAUUUUUAUUUAAAAAACCAGGAUUGGUUUAUUUCCAUUCAGACUAACCUACAUUCUUUUACUAUUUCAGAUUUUGUUCUAUAGUUUUCAUUGCAGAGUUAGUAAAAAUUUGAAAAUGUCAAAACUGAUCGGCAAAAUUCCCAUCUGGACCAAAGCAGGCAUUGCUUAUUCAACCCCAAAGCUGCAAAACUUCUGGAAAUUCGCGAAAGUUGAACUACGACCUCCGACUCCAGCUGAGGUUGGGCAAUCUGUCGGCAUCGCGAGCAAAUCAAUUGCCAACAUCACAAGUGGGAAGGUGAUGGGUCUAUCAGUGAAGCAAGCUUGGCAGAACACUCUCGUCUUCACAGAAGUUUGCAUGUGGUUCUUCAUUGGGGAAAUCAUCGGAAGGAAGAGUCUCAUCGGAUACAAAGUUUAAACAACAAUUCGUGAAUGUGCUGUAAUUUAAAAACAUCAUUUCAUUACUUUUACAAAAACUUCAUGUAAUAUUUCGAAUUUGGCUUUUAUUCGGUUCUGUACUUUGGCAUCUUUGUUUCAGCAACUCUUUCAAAUAUUUAACUUGAGUUUCAUUGAAAAAAGACAAAUCUAUACUUGUGUGUUCAAUUUGAUGUUAUGGUUCCUUCUUUAGAAUCGAGUUAGGUUUCAUAGCUUCUCUUGUAUUGAUUUCAACACCAUGUCUCUUCUACGACAAUCCCGAAACAUUCUUUCAAAUCUAAAGGCAAAGUCUUUGGCCAAAAGAUUGAUGCAUUUUAAAUUUGAGCCUGACAAUCCCUCAACAAAUUUAGGUCCAACUGAAAAUAUGAAUUACCUCAAAGCGUUGACAAACGCAAUGGACAUCAGUCUUGAAAAUGACCCAACUGCCAUCAUAUUUGGAGAGGAUGUUGCAUUCGGUGGAGUGUUUCGUUGCACGGUUGGUCUACGUGAGAAAUAUGGGAGUGAUCGUGUGUUCAAUACUCCACUAUGUGAACAAGGUAUUGUAGGGUUUGGUAUUGGAGCAGCAGUUGCCGGUUCUACAGCGAUCGCAGAAAUCCAGUUUGCUGAUUAUAUUCUGCCAGCUUUUGACCAGAUUGUAAAUGAAGCAGCAAAAUAUCGGUACAGAUCGGGAGGUUUGUUUGAAUGUGGAAAGUUAACAAUACGUACUCCGUGUGGUGCUGUGGGACAUGGUGCGUUGUAUCACUCACAAACACCUGAAGCAUAUUUUGCGCAUAGCACCGGGCUUAAAGUAGUAAUACCAAGAAGCCCAAUCCAAGCAAAGGGAUUGUUGUUAGCUUGCAUUAGAGAUGAUAAUCCUUGUAUUUUCCUUGAACCAAAGAUUCUUUACAGAGCAGCAGAGGAAGAAGUGCCGGUUGGUGAUUACACCCUCCCUUUAUCUCAAGCUGAAGUUCUCCGGGAGGGAAGUGAUGUCACGCUUAUUGGUUAUGGAACACAGAUUCAUGUAUUAAAGGAAGUAGCUGAACUUGCAGCCAAGGAUGGCAUCUCAUGUGAAGUGAUUGACCUUGUAACCAUACUACCAUGGGAUGCAGAUACAGUUUGCACAUCAGUAUCAAAGACAGGACGUUGUGUAAUAACUCAUGAAUCUCCUGUUACUGGUGGUUUCGCUGGUGAAGUGGCCGCGACUAUCCAGAAAGAAUGUUUCUUGAACCUAGAGGCUCCAGUAGAGCGAGUAUGCGGCUACGACACUCCGUUUCCACACGUCCUUGAACCAUUUUUCAUGCCUGACAAAUGGCGGUGUCUCCAGGCAGUUAAAAACGUCGUUAACUACUGAUGUUUCAACUUUUUCUAGCGUUUACCUAACUUUCUACACAACGUUUUAUUUAUAGAAUCAAAUCAUUGCCCAAGUUUUUUUGAAAUCCGGCGUGACGCGCGCUAGUUUCCUACGUCAUUAACAAUAUAUUCGUAUAGGACCAAUCAUUUUGUAUAGUACCACAAUUUAGGAUUUCAUUUUUUAGUUGUACGGUGGUUAUUACAGUGGAAAAGAAAUGGGAUAUUAAAACCCCUUUAAGGACAAACAUUUAUGUUUUCCACUGUCAUUAUACCUCGGUCUUUGUGGGAGUAAAAACAUAACUUUUAUAAACAGCGUGUGCGAAAGUAUAUAUUUAUAUUGCUUUUACAUAUUCUUAUACAUAAUGAUACCGCAUAUGCAAUAGGUGUGUUUUAAAGUUAUUCUAGCGGUAUAAAACGGUAAAUAAAUGGUAAAAUAAAAAAAAACUUUACCAUUACUUAAUGCUUAAGGUAAAAAUCAGAGUCCGUAUAUAAACAUGUUUAUAUACGGACUCUGGUAAAAAUUAUAGCUUUUGAAUGCAAACCAUGCUAAAAUAUCAUAAAUAGGAAAAUUGCGUUUCUUUCAAUAAAUCGAAUUGUGUUUUAAGACCGAA